AUGAAAUCCCUGCCCACCGGAGCAGCAGCGGUGCUUCUCCUUCUCAACUCAUUCACACAGGCACAGAACUCUUCCGCCAACGUCCCUGUUAUCAACCUUGGCUAUGUGAAAUACAGCGGCUACCAGAAUGCCACCGCAGGCAUCAACUACUAUCGUGGCAUCCGCUAUGCUGCCGCUCCGACAGGUGAACUACGCUGGGCGAAACCUAUGCCCAUCGAAUAUAUGAACAACUACAACGGUCAGACCAUCAAUGCUUCAGCUCUUGGCCCAGCAUGCUACCAAUCCUCGGCGGCGUCCACUUAUGCUACCCCAUCAGCACCUCAGGGACAAUCGGAGGAUUGUUUGCUCCUCGACGUGCUUGUGCCUUCCAAGCCUGUCUCGACAGCCUUGCCCGUCCUGUUCACCAUCCAUGGUGGUGGCUACGUUGGUGGGAGCGCUCCCUUCUCCUACCCUGGAGAUGCCCUAGUCAACCGGUCUGACGGCAACAUCAUCUAUGUGGGUAUCCAGUACCGUCUCGGAAUGUUUGGGUUCAUGGGCGGGGAUGCCAUUUCUGAGAACGGAGCGCUAAAUGCGGGCCUGCUCGACCAAAGAGCUGCUCUGGAUUGGGUUCAGCGGAACAUCCGUGCUUUUGGUGGUGAUCCAGGCCGUGUCACUAUAUGGGGAGGUUCAGCUGGGGGAGGCAGUGUAUCGUGCCAGCUGAUCGCCAACAGCGGCUCUGAUCUCCCUCCCUUUGCAGCCGCAAUUGCAGAUCAUCCAUGGUGGCAACCCUUGGCCAACAAGAGCACGCAGAACGCCCAGUAUAACACGGCUCUGAAGUUGUCCAACUGCUCGGAUAUCAAUUGCCUCCGAGGGCUGUCUUCUGCUACUCUGGGAAACCUCAACCAGGCAGUUCUGAACGCUACGUACCCAGGACCUGACAAUGCAUACGGCGUCUACUACUGGGGCCCCGUUGUCGACGGCAAGUUCAUCCGCGAUCUUCCUGACCAAGAAUUUGCAAAGGGCAAUUUCUACAAGGUACCCCUGAUCACCAAUCGGGACGCCUACGAGGGCUAUAUCUUCUCCAACCAGACGCAGACAUCCCAGGUAGACGAGACGGUAGAUGCCGAAGAUCUCUUCCCUGCGGCAGGGCCAUCAUUUUUCUCCCGUCUGUAUUCUCUCUAUCCCCGCAGCAAAUUCAACAGCACCUUCUACCAGCGGCAGACCUGGUUUGGGGACUUCAUCAUCAACUGUCCGACCUACUACAUGGCUUCGUCGAUGGUGGAUUCGCUCUCCAACAGCUCCGCUGUGUUCAAGCUCACGUUCGCUGCCGGAAGCGAGCUUCACGGGGCCACCAACCCUUUCAUCUCGUCCAACGUGACCAACUAUCCCAGCGCGAACAACUUGACGCUGGCGCACAUCAUGACCAGCUACUGGGUAAGCUUUACCGUCUUCCACGACCCAAACCCGUUGCGUGUUGCCGGUGCACCAUACUGGCCAAGCUACAUCUCUGGGGGAGCAGGGUCGGCAGCUGAGGGCGAAGGCGUGGGUUUCACCAUCCAGGCUGUCACGUACAACAGCAUCAGUGCGACGCCGGACCCGGACGCGGCCGCGCAAUGUGACUUUUUCAACUCGCGGGGGUGGCAGAUUAGGAACUAA